UUAUAGUCGUCGUCGAUGAUGAUGGUGGUCGGUUAAUUUUGAAAGAUAUGAAACGAGCAAUGGCCGACGAAAACACAACGAAACGACCGUUUUACACCGGGGAUAGACAGUUGGCCAGACGUGUCCAGGAGUACGUUGACAGCUGUCCACAAGGAUGCUACAUUGACCCGGUAUCAGUUGCUGAUAAUCUGCAGCGUAACUACAGGGAGUACACAAGACGAAAGAAACUGGCAUUCAGGAAAUCAGUUCAAAGAGUUUGUGAUUGGAUUUCUAAGCAGAAAACAAAGCAGACAAGUCUUGAUGCAGCAGAGCACAGACAUCUCACUAAGAGGAGAAAACAGGACAAAACAAACAGAGAGACAAACGUCACCGUUGAGUCCUGGAAGUCAGAUGAUGAUUCAAGUUUUUCCUCUGAUCUUGAUGAUUAUGAAGAAUCAAAGGACAAUAACAUGGUCAACGAUGCAUUGAGCAGACUUUACAGUAAGGGUCCAUCAUCCGCUGCAAACUCACCGAGUUAUGGUCUGAAGUCGCUCACACCAAAUUACUCAGGAACCCCAGAUACAACCCCUGGUAGACCGGACGACAGACACAAAGAUGUAGAUUCAGGUGAAGAGAGCAUAGAGCUCGGCAAUCUCUCAAUGGAUAUGCCUGAUGAUGUAGAUGAGGUUGAACCACCGAGAAGGAGGAUGGAAAUGAUGUUACCAAGGGUACCUAUCAAGCAAUCAACACCACCUCCAUCAGGAAGUUCCACUCCUCAGACUUCCAAGAAACGAUCUGUCAAGAAGAGGAAAUCAUCCAAUCAGACACUUACUGAGGAGGAGAGCACCAUGAAGAAAGGAGGAAUAGGAGCUGAGAAAGGACGUAAAUCCAAGAAGAAGAUUGUGGAACCUCAAAUGUCUACAGUAACUUUUAGCGACAUUGGAGGCAAUGAUAAAACAUUACAUGCUGUGUGCAAGUUACUGAUUCACAUGCGUCACCCUGAGGUGUAUCAACAGCUAGGUGUUACCCCACCCAGGGGAGUAUUGCUUCAUGGACCCCCAGGGUGUGGUAAGACCCUACUAGCUCAUGCCAUUGCUGGGGAACUGGAGCUUCCAUUCCUGAAGAUAGCUUCCACUGAAAUUGUGUCCGGUGUUUCUGGUGAAUCAGAGGGAAACAUCAGAGAUCUUUUUGAAGAAGCUUUGGGUUUAGCUCCUUGUAUUCUAUUCUUGGAUGAAAUUGACGCCAUUACUCCUAAGCGAGAGACGGCACAGAGAGAAAUGGAGCGAAGGAUAGUGGCUCAGUUAUUAUCAUGCAUGGAUGACCUAAGCGCAAGUCCACAGCAUGUGUUGGUGAUUGGAGCAACCAACCGAGCAGACUCCCUCGAUCCUGCUUUGAGGAGAGCUGGAAGAUUUGACCGCGAGAUCUGUCUAGGAAUUCCUGGCGAGAAGGAAAGGGAAAGGAUAUUACAAGUGUUGUGCAGAAAUCUUAAGUUGUCAUCAGACUUUAGUUAUGUAAGUCUAUCAUCGCUCACACCAGGGUAUGUUGGAGCUGAUCUUAUGUCACUAUGCAGGGAGGCUGCUAUGUGUGCUGUUAAUAGAAUAUUCCAGAAUCUUCAAGAAGUGCCAACAGACGACCAAUCAGAGACAACUCAACCUGCAGAUAGUCUACCUGCUAUUCAGGCGCCUGAUGCAGAUGAAAACAGCCAGAACCCCAACACACAGGAUGCAUUAUCUAUCAGAGCAACGAGUCCAGAUACCACACAGAUGGAUACAAAUGAGGUCAUAGACUCCAAAUCAUCAUAUCACUCAGUUCUGACCUGGUUGAAAGAACAACCCCCUUUUACUGAUGACCAACUGGAGGCGCUGUACAUCAUGAUGCAAGAUUUUGAGGAAGCCUUACCCAACGUCCAGCCUUCAGCUAAACGAGAAGGUUUUGCUACAAUACCAGACGUGACUUGGGAUGACAUCGGAGCUCUGCAUUCAAUUAGAGAGGAACUCACUAUGGCAAUUCUGGCACCAGUAAGAAAUCCAGCAGCAUUCAAGGCCCUUGGUCUAUCAAACCCACCCGGUAUCCUGCUAGCUGGUCCCCCAGGGUGCGGAAAGACAUUACUUGCAAAGGCCAUUGCCAAUGAGUCUGGAAUUAACUUCAUAUCAGUCAAAGGUCCUGAACUAAUGAAUAUGUAUGUUGGUGAGAGUGAGCGAGCUGUUCGACAGUGUUUCCAUCGUGCCAGGAACUCAGCUCCUUGCGUUAUAUUCUUUGAUGAGUUGGACGCUCUUUGUCCAAAAAGAUCAGAUUCACCAGAGUCUGGUUCCAGUGCUCGUGUUGUGAACCAACUGUUGACUGAGAUGGAUGGAUUAGAGUCAAGGAAACAAGUCUUUAUCGUUGGUGCAACCAACAGACCAGAUAUUAUAGAUCCAGCAGUGCUAAGACCAGGACGUCUUGAUAAGACGUUAUAUGUGGGAAUACCAAGCGCUGAUGAUAGAGUAGCAAUUCUAAAGACUAUAACAAAGAACGGUAGUAAACCUCCAUUAGCAGACGAUGUAAACUUGGAUGACAUCGGGAAAGACCAAAGAUGUGAUGGAUUCACUGGUGCUGACUUGGCAGCUUUGGUACGAGAGGCAUCAAUGGCUGCUCUAAGGCAAGUCUUGCGGACUGUACCAUCAGUGACUGGCCAGAGGAGUGAUUCAGCUGAGAGGGGUGUAUUCAAUAAACGUAUAGUGGUAGUUGCAGACAAUUUUCAGUCAGCUUUCAUGAAAGUGAAAGCUUCAGUUUCCAAAAAGGAAAGAGAGAGAUACAAGAAGCUGCGUUCCAAUGCUUUGGAUUCAAUGACAGAAGAGAAAAAACCAUUGACAGAAUCAAAAACAUCGACAGAACGACAAACAUCGACAGAACCAAAAACAUCGGCAGAAUCAAAAACAUUGACAGAACCAAAAACAUCAGCAGAACCAAAACCAUCUGCAGAAUCAAAACCAGCGGCAGAAACAAGUAUUUGAAGUGGCUGCAAAGAAAGUAAAUUAAAUUCCAUAUACAUGAAGCAGCAAUAUCAAAUUAUUUACCAAUACCUUUAUUCUCAACCAGUGUAAAUUUGUUGUCACCAGGACCAUUCUAAUAGUUCUGCUUUAAUAGUCAGGAAAAAACGCCACUUUUGGUAGCAGGCUGUUCCAUGCUUUCAAUGUAAGCAUACUUCACUUAAAGCCUUGCUGACUAAAAUUGUGUGCCAAGAUUGACAAACCUGUGGGAAUGAGGUUAGGUCAUGCCGAGUCCGAUUAGCGGCUAUAGCUACGGCUAGGUUUCCCUGGCAUCAUGCAUUAACUAUGGUUCGUCCAAAGCAACACUUUUUACCAUAGCUAUAGCUGCCAAUGGGAGACUUUUGAAUGGUCCUUUUUCACAGUUCUCCCCAGUAGUGCACAUGCUCAGACCUACGGGUGCAACACUGAGCAUGUGCACGCAUGUUGACCCACAAAAAAAAGACCAUGUCUGCUGCCGCCAGCGGCUCAAAAGUCUCCCAUUUGGAUGCGGCCCUAAAUUGGUUUGACCAAAGAAAACGAAGAUGGCUAACCAUAAUGAUCGGAGGGGUUUGUAAUCGUCCAAUUUAUCUGAACAUUGUAGUUACAAUUUUGUAAUACAAUUUGGACUUACCUAAAGCAGAGCAGUGUCUCAAAAAAGGUCAACUCCGAGAGCUAUGCAGACUAAUCUUUGUUAAUCCAUGCAACAUCAUCCAGUGUGAUUUUGACUGAUAGAUAAACAUGUCAGCCUGCAAUAGAAAAUUGAACAGUCAGCCAUCUUACUGGCUGACCAUUCAAUAUCACCCACUGUAGUUUUAAAUGUAAGAUGUACUAUGCCAGGCUGCAAUAUGAUACCAUGUUGUGAAUGCAUCUACACAGUACACAGUCAACCCUCCUACUGUCUGACCAAUCAAUAUCAUCCAGUGUGGUUUUAA